AUGUCCUUCACUGUGAGUUCGACACGCUGCGACGAGAAGCAGGUCGAACAGCAACACAAGUCAGCUUGGUUUCAAUUCAUAAAGUCCGUCGCCACUUUCAAAGGCGACCUCACAUCCCUAACCGCCCCGCCCUUCCUACUGGCACCACAAUCCAUCGUCGAGUACAGCGCCUACUGGGCCGAGCACCCGAGCCUCCUCAUCGCGCCCGCAGCAGAACCCAGUGCCGAGAAGCGCGCCCUGCUGGUCCUGCAAUGGUUCCUCAGCACGCUGAGGCACCAGCACGCCAGCCGGGACGCCGACGGCCGGCGCAAGAAGAUGAAGCCCCUGAACCCGUUCCUGGGCGAGAUCUUCCUGGGCCGCUGGGUCGACGGCGCCGGCACGACGCAGCUCAUCAGCGAGCAGGUCAGCCACCACCCCCCGGCGACGGCGUACCGGAUCUGGAACGACGACGACGCGCACGGCGGCGUGCGGCUCGAGGGUUAUGUUGUGCCCAGGGCUUACUUCUCGUCGACUAUUAAUAUCGAGCGCAGGGGACGCAACGUCCUGCACCUCGACCGCUACGGCGAGGACCACUGCAUCUCGAUGCCCCCGGUGCACGUCGACGGCCUGGUCACGCUGCAGAUCGCACCCGAGCUCAGCGGCACGUCGUAUAUACGCAGCUCGUCGGGGUUCACGACGCGGAUCCAAUAUUCGUGCAAGGGCUGGUUAAGGGGCAAGAGUAACUCGUUUGUCGCGACCGUGUAUCGGGACGGCAACGAGAAGGAAGCCCUUUAUGUGCUUGAAGGCCAAUGGAGCGACUCGUACACCGUCAAAAACGGCAAAGGUGUUUUACUAGACACGGUGAACUUGGGUUCCCUGCAGAGGACGCCGGUACAAGUCGCACCCGUCGAGCGGCAGCAUCCUCUGGAAACGAGGAGGGCAUGGCAACAUGUCGUAAACGCCAUCAAUACCAACGACAUCUUCGCGGUCGGCCACGAGAAGAGUAAGAUCGAAAACGCGCAGCGUGCCCUGCGGAAAGAGGAGAAGGCGGCUGGUCAAACGUGGGAGAGAAGAUAUUUCACCGAAGUCGAAGAAGAUCCGGUGAUGGGGAGUUUAGCUGUGAAGACGAACGGCGCAACACACGGUAACGAGAAAUGCAUGGUCUGGAAGUUCGAUGAUGGGAAAUAUAGGAGGAUAAUAGAGGGCCAGCGGAGUGGGAUCAAGAGCCCGACGCACUCAAGAUUCGAUUCUGGUGUGGGAUUUCUGGAUGAUGAGGUAUAG